AUGACAAUGUUUAUUAAUGGUCUCAAAUAUAUCACACCAUGUCAAAGUCGAUUUAGUCGUAAACCGAUCGAUGAUGUUGUUACUGAACAAUAUAAAAAUAUAUCUACAAUUGCAUUUCAAGCAUUAGAACUAAUCUUUCAUAGAUACCAAUCUAAAAAUGUAUCAAAAAAAUUAAAAAUUCGUGCUCAACGUGAAUAUAAAAUCGUUCAAUAUGUUCAACGUCUAAUACGUCAACGAUCAUAUAUUGUUAUACGUCGAACGGAUAAGAGUAAAGUAUUUUAUAUUGGCAAAGCAGUUGAUUUUGAACGUAAAGCAGAAGAAUAUAUGUUAAAAACUGAAGCUUAUGAAGAAAUUAAAAAUGGUCGUUGUCCUUUGGCCGAUAAUUUACAUGCUGUACAAACUCUAUUCGAUUAUCUUGUAACGAAAAAGGCUUUAACAAAAAAACAAUCUAACCGAUUAAUUCCAAAAUUAAAUAAUUUAGAAUUAGGUCAUUAUCAUGGUAUACCUAAACCACAUAAACCUGAAACACCACUACGACCUAUAGUAGCCAGUAUACAUGCACCUGCAACAUUGGCAUCAAAAUUUUUGAAUGAUAUUUUAGCACCUAUCUAUUUGAAAGUUACUCGUAAAUAUACAUUUAUUAAUGAUAUAGAUGUUAUUCGACAACUAGAAAAAUAUGCUGCAGAUGGUUAUCUUACAUCAAGAACAAAAUUUAUUACUAUCGAUGUUGAAAAUCUUUAUACAAUGAUACCAAGAGACGGUGCAUUAACAGCAUUAGCUCGCUUUUGUGUCAAAUAUUGUUAUCAAGGCAAAAUUGGCACAUUUACAAUUGAUCAUAUAAUGAAAACGGCUCGUUUAAUUUUGGAUACAAACUGUUUUGCUUAUAAUAAUAAAUAUUAUAAACAAAUUCGUGGUGGUGCUAUGGGCUCAGCAUUUACACAAGUUUUAGCAAACAUAUAUUUAAUGGAAUGGGAACAAGAUUUAAUUGAACAUCAAAUAGAACAUCAUGGAGUCUAUGGAAGAUAUAUCGAUGAUAUUUUCAUGACAACAAAUAAAUCCAUCGAUGAAAUUAAUGUUGAACUUGAAAAAGCAAAACACAAAGAUAUUAAUAUCAAAAUUGAACAUAAAAUAAGCGAAUCUGUUCAUUAUCUUGAUGUCAUCAUUACAAAUGAAAAUGGUCAAUUAAGAACAUCUAUGUUUCAUAAACCAACUGCUGAACCUUAUAUUUUACCAUGUGAAUCAGAUCACCCACGUCAUAUACAUCGAAAUAUUGGCUAUGCAGCAUUAUUACGUGCUGCUCGUAUCUGCUCACAUGUGAAUGAUUUUGAUUCAGAAUGUGUUCGUAUUGAUCUAUCAUUAUUAUUAAAUGGUUAUCCACCACACUUCAUUACUCAACAAGUCAAUCGAUUCUUUUAUUUAAACAAUGCACUACCUGUAUUACAACAAUUAAAUGAACACGUGUAUUCUCAUCUACAUCAUAAAUUAUUGUAUCAACCAACACUUCGUGAGAAAAAAUUUCAAGCAAUGAUGGAAGAUCCAAUUAAAACACCAUUAGUAUUACAACCGAAAAUAUGGAACAAAGAAAUAAUGUAUCCACGUUAUUUAUUUGAUACUUCAUUGACAAUCAGCUUCCGACAAGAAUUCACAAAUUGGUGGAAAACAUAUUAUGCAUUUUCCAAAUCACCACUUGAACAAAUUAAAGUACGACUGAUUCCUAUUACUGGUCGUACACUUGAAACUUUUUUCAUACAUAAAAAACCUCCACGAGCUAUGUUAACCAAAAUGGAACCAACAUCUUGA